UACUUUAUUAAAUUUCUCCUACUCCCUUCUAUAAAGACCGGCCUGCUUCCAUACUUAACCGCAUUCUGAGCUUUGCUGCGGUUCAGCCACUCCAACAGAGAAAGAAAUGAAAGACCAUUGGCUCUCUUUAAUCUUGCUUGUUCUACUUUUGUCAAUAGCUGCCGGAGACUCCAGCAAUGAUUGCGUCUACACUCUCUACGUGAAGACGGGUUCGGUCAUCAAAGCCGGGACCGACUCAAAGAUCAGCGUAACUCUAGGUGACUCACUGGGCCGCUCAGUUCGGGUCUCGGAUCUCAAGUCAUGGGGCUUAAUGACACCCUCCCACGACUACUACGAGCGUGGCAACCUUGACAUCUUCAGCGGGCGCGGCCGCUGCAUCGGCUCGCCCAUCUGCCGCCUCAACUUGACCUCGGACGGCUCAGGGUCGCACCACGGCUGGUACUGUGACUAUGUGGAGGUCACCUCGACGGGGCCUCACAAGGCUUGCAGCCAGACUGUGUUCUAUGUUGAUCAGUGGCUGGCCGGUGAUGCUCCGCCUUUCCAGUUGACGGCUAUUCUUGAUGGGUGCAGUAUGCGAGAUGGGCCUGCAAAGCGUGGGAUACAUGGGCCUCUUGUUGUGGGAAAUCCCCAAAGAUCCACUUAGACUUGAGAAUAGCUAACCUUUGGGGUUCUUGGGAGAAAAAAAAGUUGCUAAUAAUAUGGCAGUGAGACGUUAAUUUUGGUCCUGUUCCUUGCGGAUUUUGAUGAUUUGGAUCUGUUACAGAUGCCUUCUCAUAAGGAUAAUUAGCUUUGUAAUAAAAUUAGAAAUAAUUGAAAUGAGUUUUGAGCA